CGUAACAACCGCUGCAUCCGUGUCUACAUCCUUCCUCCGUGCGCUGCACCAACAAAACACGCGACGGUUGUCCAGUUGUGUGUGCUGGUUGUGAAAGCGGCGGUCCAAUUAUUCCGUUGUCAAUAUAUCGGUAUAUUCUGCAACACCUGGAACGCUAGGUUAGCCUCGUGAUAGACGCGGUCUUUGAAGUGACGAUUGUCACGCGAUAUUCGCAGAAACAGCAGGCAAGGUUCUGACAGGUGUGGUCUGGCUAUGCCAAGUUUCGUUUCCCUGGUAUAAUACGCCGCGCCACCGUUGCAAUACUACAUCGGCGCGACAGUGUUAUAUCUGCAGAUCAGACCAGUACAAGGCGCUCCUAUUGCAACUGCAGGACUCUAGAAAGGGUUGUGAGCUGCAUCUGGACCCUUGCUCGGCUACAAUGAGUUGGUCAGAAGGGGCAUGCAGCUAUUUGCAGGCACUGAAAGGCACAAGGCACGGUUCACUUGGUGAUGACACUGAUGAAACAAGCCCUCAUGCGUUGGCGAUAGAGCCCAGGUGUGACACGUCUACUUGUGAAAGCAGGCAAGUGGAGCAGCAUCUACCUGUGCUAGACUUUCCGCACCAGCGUUCAUGGUCUGAGACAGGUUCAGCAUCGCCUGGCUCUGAAACCUACUCUCAAAAUGUUGAGACAAAAUUUGCAAGCAGCCCCUGCAUAGCAUCCAGACAGGAAGAGAAUGGCGUUCAUCAACAUCGGAAUGCCUGCGAUGCAACAGCGGAAUGGUCACAAAAGCCAUGUAGCUAUUCGGAGGCACUGAAAUGUGAAAGAUACGUUCCACUUCCCGAUGACACUGAUGAGAGUAGUCUGCAUCCCCUGGCAAUUGAGCCGAGACGCGCCACUGGGGGGCCUGAGAUCAGGAAGCAAGCAGUGAGACAUCCACAGACGCCCGACUUUUAUGACCUACAGCAACAACUAGGUGGAGAUGGGACUCAUCGAGGAACUAGUCCGACGUGGUCUUCACCCGAAACAGGCUUAGAAAAGAGCAAGUGUGCUGCACAGAUUGAAAAGAUAGUGAAGAUGGUGAAAAGAAAGUUGCCUGACUGGGAAGAGGAAGAGAUCUGCAGUCGUGUAGUCAAAAUACGCAAGGAGCAGGGUGGCUUCUCGUACAUGACACUCAACGCCAUUGUUGCCCUCGUGCUCAGUCACAUAAGGAACACUGCACACGACUCUGCGGCCAGGCCUACAUCUUAGCAAUCAUCAAGCAACCUGUGCCUUGGCUGCAUCCUGCAUGAAUGACCCUCAAUGAUAAAACAAUCGUUGAAUUCUUUAGUGAACUUGCUUGAGAUGUGUUGUCACUGUGAUAUGUACAUUGUAAUUGUCUACAUUGGUGCCAACAUGCAAUCAUGCAAUACAGGACUAAAAUCUGUUUUUAUGGAGUCAGGAGCAUUGGCUAUAAUGAACUUUUUCUCCCUGAAUAAUGCUGUCUUUAUUUAUUUUUUAUUUUUCAUUUUUUUUUAAUG